GAAGUGACGCGGCACGUGCGGGCAUUAGCGGUGGUAGCUCCGUCGCGGUCGCACAGCCUCGUAGGAGCAUAGCUUUGUUUCGCUCUACUGAUUACCUUGCGAACUACCGAGAUGCGCGCUGUCGCCUGUCUGCUGACUCUGUGCUUGACGUACAACACGCACGCCCAGCGCAAUGCGGGCUGCUCGGUGGACGUGUGGCGCGUGAAGAGCCGACACGAGCCGGUGCUGGCGGUGGGUGGCGCAUUGGCGCUGCCGGAUCGCGAGACGGGACAGCUGCUGCUGCCCAAUGGUGGUGUCGUGCUAGCCGGCUGUCCUGGGGCCGGCAACAGCCUCAAGCUGGACAAAGGACUCCCCCACGUCAACGCCUCCUGCACGUCGACUGGCUCCCUACAGGCGCCCGGCGGCCGCGUUACGGCUGGUAACCUGUGGUGCGAGAACCGCCCCUUGGCCGAGGCCCACAAGACGGCGCGGCGGUGCGGCCCGUCGGGCAAGCUGCGCGUCUUCGAGCUGGGCUUCAACGUCUCCCGCCAAUGGCUGCCCGUUAUAGAGGCGUGCCACGACGCCGACAAGGCCAGCACCUUCUACUCGCACCACCAGCUGCUCGGGUCGCUGCUGCGGUUCCGGCGACAGCAGACGCAGCCGCGACCGACAUUCACUCAGGGCUGCGAGUCGGGAGAGCUGUUCCUGGGCGUGUCUCCUAGCAACGCGUACUCGCCGUCCGCCGUCCAGCAGACUCUAUCGACUACGCUGGGGUCAGAGGAGAAGGCGAGGCAGCUGCUCGCCCAGACGACGCUCAGUCGCGGUCACCUCGCGCCCUCCGCAGACUUCAUCCUCAACACGCAGCAGCACGCCUCCUUCUUCUACGUGAACACGGCGCCGCAGUGGCAGAUAUUCAACGAGGGCAACUGGUUGUCUGUGGAAUCGGUGCUGCGCAACCACGCACAGCAGCAGUUACUGGAUCUGGAGGUAUGGACAGGGACGCACGGCGUGCUGAGGUUGAACGACACGGAGGGCCGUCAGAAGGAGCUGUACCUGGCGGAGGGCGAGCGCAUGGCGGUGCCGCUGUUCUUCUGGAAGCUGGUGCACGACCCGAAGUCGGGCACGGCGAUCGCCUUCGUGGGAGUCAACAACCCGUUCGCCGCGGGCACGGCGGCGGAAGCGCAGCUGUGUCCCGACGUCUGCGGCGACGCGGGCUGGUCGAGGCGCAAGUGGAACCGACCCAACAAGGGCCGCGUCACCUGCUGCUCUGCCCAGGAGCUGGCCGCCGCGGUGCCGGGGGCGCCGCAGAUCGACGCUUCUGGGCUGCUGGCUGGGCCGCGCGCCUGACCUACCCCAAUGCUACUGGCACCUACCGUCACCUCUAGGCGAGACUGAUGUCCACUGACAGCCAUUUGGACGGAUUAUUUCCACCAGUAACGUCCCCCAUACCACAGUCCUGUUAUGGCUUCACUGUACAGCCAACACGCAGUGUGAAUAAUGUAUCACUAAAGCUGCAUUCUCACCAGUAUGAAACAGUUUCACCAUCUACUGCCGUCAGUAGCACUAUUGUCUCUAAACCGAGUCUGACGUACUUCACAGUCGAUUCAAGAUACUCUUAUCUAACGUCAGUGUCCACAUCCACAGCAAUAUCAAAGUACUCCAUCGCUGCUGUGGUUGGUCCUCUAAUGAUCCCAUGAAGGAACUACUUCUGGCAACAAUGCCUCCCACAACAUCAGCCUGACAUGCCCUCACUAUGCACCUAAUAUACAAUGUGAAUAAUAUAACGUCUGUACAAUAUGAAACUGUUUCACCAGCUGUUUCCAUCGAAACCGCUAGUGUCUCUACGUCACGUCUAAUCACCUUAAGGGAGGGUAGGACGUCAAACGGGCCGUUAAUUUCCACUGUCUAUACUUUUAAGAAUGAAUUCAUAAAACCUUGUCAGUAUUACCAGAAAGGAUUCAGGAUUCACAAUCAUAGCAUUGGAAGUUAAAAAAAAUUUUUUUUCAUGUGAAAGUUCAUCAUUUUUUCACUUCUAUUGGCUGCGUUUGUUGCUAUAGGUACACGUUUCUUCAUAAGUAAGAGAGAUUCUUCGAUGAAUUUUGCACAUCCUACAAACCAUACUAACAGGUGUAUGAAACUCUAGAAAUUAUUUGAUUUAUGAAAAAUUGAAUGUGCUGUUACAUUUUAAACGUUAUGUUUAUGUAAAACUCAAAUAUUAUAGUUAAUUAUCUCAAUUUUUACCACUGUUUUUAAUAUAUUUGGAAAAUUCUAGUGUUUGAUACAUACAUACCUGUAGGUAUGGUUUGUAUGCUGUACAAAAUUAAUCGAACAAUCUCCAUUACUUAUGAAGAAAACUGUACCUAUAGCAACAAAUGCAGACAAUGGUAAGUGAGAAAAAGGUGAAAUACAAAUGUAAAAAAUAAAUUAUUUUCUUAUAUUUUUGAACUUCCAACACUGUAAGUGUAAAUCCUGAAUCCUUUCUGGUCAUUCUGAAAAAGUUUUAUGAAUUUAUUUUUAAAAGUACAGACAGUGGAAGUCAAAAAUUCCUGUCGUCCCGUUUGACGUCCUACCCCCGUAACGGUCUCUUGUAGCAAACUGCUCCACCGAUAACAUCUGGCAUACCACAACCCGGACGUGGACGUCUUGCGCAACCAGUGCUUAUCGUGAAAUAUAUCAGAACCCGUCAUUGUUAUGCACUCCAAUGUGAAUUCUUCCAGAUCUAUUGAACUUAGAUCUACUGUGACAUUUAGGCUUACUCUUUGAUUAAGUGUGAACCACCACGAGAGACCUCCUUAUGUAUCAUCCUGUAAUAACCCACUGAAACACAGUGUCACAUCCAUGAAAACAAGAAAUUACUACAGUAUGUAUUACAUUCAACUCAUAUAACAAUCUUUGGGCUCAAAAAGAAGUGUUGUACUGGUCUCUCAGUGCAACACGGAAGUUUACAGACAUGCUGCAUGACUGGAGUAUGCAGAUCUGCAUACCUAUAUGCUCAUAUAUAUGAUUUAUUCCAGUGACGAAUAAACUAAAAAACACCAUGAUAUCCAUUUUGGUCUGCCUGUCGCUAAAAUGGUUUCAUGGUUACUAUAUUCAUCGCCAGCAUUACCAGUUUUUAACAUACUGUGACUGUGUAGUGACAUCCACACUAACUAUUUGCAUCAGUCCACUACUGUAGAGAACAACAAAUUGUCUUCGGUUGAACUUGAUAAGCAUUAUUAAUGUCUACAAGGAGCCUCUUCUAUCUACAGCAUCUACUUUAAAGGGGAAAACUAUUUCAGUGAAUGUACACUGAAUAAAAAAGUACACCGCCAUGAAAUUACAUCAGUUUUUUCUUCGCUGUUUCACUCAGCGACCUGUUGGCCACCCCAAGGACAGAAUUCUCAGCAUUAGCUACUCAGAGUUCGAUCCAUUACUACAUGGUCAGAACCAGAAAGUUCUGUCCAUCCAUGUCCACCCUUAUACACAAUGUCUCACUAUUGCUGAAUGCAGGGCUACUGUGAUCUCUUAGAUUGCAUUAUGAAUCCUCACAAUAUACUUCUGCUUCAACAUCUACUAGACACAAAAAUAUUUCAAAUGCUGUAUUACCAUACUCACGUUCACGUCAAUACGAAAUUGCUCCAGACUGUGAUAAGCUCAGUUAAUCAGAAGAUCUGAGCCAUAUUGGCGACACUGAGAUUUAGGCACUUCUUCAUGACUGGAGCUUCCAGUAAUACAAUCCUAUCAACACAGUAAUGUGAAACAUUUCCAGCUGACACUAAACUCAACACUGCCAUGUUAUCUUAUUUGUAGUUGAUAUUGUCUACCUUCAAGUUAUAAACCUACUGCACAAUUAUGACUACUGAAAAGUGAAAUACGAUCACCGCCCUGGGAUAUAAUUUUAAAGCCUGCUAUGCUGAAUACCACUGACAUCUCUAAAACUCUCACGGUGUGUUUUGGCUUCUGUGCCAAUCAUCAGAUCAAGUUUAAUCAUCCAUCCGAUAUAUUUCCCGCUGGUCUCGGACAUUACUUUGGGCCACACCAUCUACUACACAGCAGAAUGUUUCACCACAAUGGUAGCUGAGUAUGAAACCCAUUUUAUCAACUACUGUUAACAACAUUUUAUCAACUACUGUUUACAACAAAGAAUAUAUUACCAUGAAUAUAUUCCUGCUGCAAAUUUAUUUUCAAUGUGCACUUAAAGAUUAAUGGGCUGAAUCAUCAUAUCAGUUCACACUAACGCUAAUGUGCAAUAGUUACAGUGACAAAUUGAACAACAUUAGCUUUUCAUGUUUCUAAGAAGAUCUAAGACUUCACCUGAAGUGUUUAUGUUUAAUUGAAAAUCAAGACCUUCCAAUAAUAAAACGCAAUUGGUGCCGAAAGUUCCACCCUAUUCAACAUUAAUGUGAAAAUGUGAUGUCGACUCUAGCGAUUUCAGCACAGACCUACAUAAAAGUAGAAACAAAAUUUAUCCGACGAAUACUGAAUUUGAUAUUGCUGUGACCCCUGUUCUGAUCCUGAUAUACAAUAAGCGCCUCUCCAAACGGUCACUUAAAACUUUUGCCUGUAUUCCAGGAUCAGAACGUCAGAGUUACUUCUAUACCAGAACAAAACUGUUUCAUCAGCAGAAAAGCCCAACUGCAGUAUGAUCUCUAACUGCCUCUGAUAUGUUCAGUGACCACACCGCAUUCAGUGCACAGUAAUAGAGAAUAGUAACACCACAGACGUACACAGAGCUGUUAUUGAACUCUGAUCUUUCGUUAGGACGCAUCGUGAGUCUCCCAAUAAGUUGAUUCGGACUUUUAUGGCUUUUGCACACUACGCCAGUAUAAAAUUGUUCAAACGCCUCUUACCUAAUGCCUUCAGAUUGUUGUAUCGAUUUUAUUGGACUUACAGAGUUGUUACAAAAUUAGUUCUAUAAGUUCUGCUCCAUUCAACAUUGAUGGAAAUGGUUAAUAAAUAUUUCUGAUCAUAAAUAAUGAGUACUUUGGUUGAAAAGUUAGUUAACUUACACACUCAUAAGUUGCAAAGAUCCUUGUGACUUUAUUCAGGUUGUUAAGAACUAUUGCAAAAUGAUGUAUCACAUCAAUAUACUUUAUGUUUACAAACAAGCAAGAAAUGAUAACUUCUCUUUGUGAAACUGUAAUAUCAGUUAUGUGAAACAUAAUAAAUAAUAAAAGUUUAUAAGGCACAAG